AUUUCUGUAAGGAACCGUCGUUUUUUUUUAGAAUAAUCCUUAAUUGCCAUCCUUACGAGCUCGUAUCAUGAAUCCAUCAAGUAAUACGGCCAGUUCAGGCAAGGAUCCUGCACCCACUGAAGAUCAGUCAGACUCAGGGGCAAAGCGAAUGCGAACAGGUCGUUUACCCAUCUGGCGGUAUUUCGACCGUGGCGCCAAACAGGUUGCUCAUUCUAAUUUUUGGGAGGCGAUUUGCAAAGAAUGCGUUGCUAAUCUGCCGUCUCCGAAGGCCCUGCGCGGCGAAAAAGUGCAUCUGGAAAACCAUUUUUACAAGUGUGAAUUCAUUCCGCAGUCAGCUAAGGAUGCAUACCGCAAGGAAGUUUCUGUUUGGGUCGACCCAAAAACAAACGAAGGAGCACACGUUGUGCCACUGCUGUCAUCUGCGGUUUCAGGCGGAAGCGCUGCAAAAAAGCAGGCGAACACGGAAUCUUUUUUUGAUCGGCCACUGGCAAAAAACGAGCUGGGGGAUUUCGAGCGUCUUCUUGCCGAUAUGUUUGUCUCGGGGAACUUCUCCUUUCGAGCCGUGGAGGAUCCUCGAUUUAUUCGGUUUUGGAAAUUUAUGCGACCAGCGGUGAAGCCACCAAGUCGAUUUGUGUUAUCGACUCGCAUCAUCCCACAGCGCAUCAAGUCUGUUGAAAGCGACACAGCCAAAGCUUUGUCAUCGCAACUGUCUGUUACUGUGACGCUGGACGGUUACAAAAAUGCGAAGCAUGAUAAAGUUCUUGGUAUUAUGGCUACUGUCAAAAACAGUCAGGGGGUCGAGAACCAUUUUCUUUCGACUGAAAUUAUUUCUUCUCAAUCAUCUCGGGCUGAAGAUGUCAUGGAAAAGAUCGAAGGCAGUUUUACGAUGUUGGAGCAAAAAUUCAAGGCUUGUGCUCGGACGGUGACGUGCGACUCGGAUGCCGCCCACGUGAAGGCGAGGCGGUUAAUGAAGGAGAAGUAUCCAAGCAAGAUAUUCCUGCCUUGCAGCGCCCACCAAAUCAACCUGAUUGUGAAAGAUGUCUUGACAUCUGUCCCGAAAUUUUCAGCAAUUUGCAAGAAAGCGGUUGACAUUGUUUCGCUACUAGCCACGCGCACGAAAGCAUUAGCCGUUCUUCGAGAAGAGCAAAUGAAGUACAAUGGCAGCACGACAGCAAUAAGCAAGCCUUGCGACACUCGAUGGUACAGCUAUAAUAACAUGUUCCGCGCGAUCGCAAAAUCGCAGCUACCCCUCCAGGGCAUGGUCGCGCGGCUAGCAGACGACCGAUCCAAGACCGAAGGACUUGCAAAACUUAAAGUCACUAUUGAAGAUGCAGCAUUUUGGAGUGGCCUAAAGAAUGUUGUCCAAAUACUGGAUCCUGUCACUGUCGCUCAAGGAAUCACAGAGACGGAUGGAUGCACUUUAGCGGAUGUUAUCACUCAGUUUGCGAAAAUUUACCACGUGUUCACCGCACUGAAAGAUGAUGAUUUAGCGGGGGUGUUAGGGUCGACCCUAGAAAAACGCUGGCAGAAAUUUUAUGAUCCGUCACUGUUUGUUUUGGCUUUGAUACUGGACCCAGCGUCCAAAAUGAAACCAUUCCGCACGUCUGGGCGUUUCAAUUUCGGGGUUGUGCUGCGUUGGGCAAAAGGAUGGUAUGUCCGCUUAUUUGAAGCUGAUGGAAUGCGGGUGAUUAACUCCCUCAUGGAUUACAUUGAGAACAAAGGCAUAUUUGGAGAUGAAGUUGCAUCGAAUCUUUCUUCUGUGGAACGUUAUUGGAAAUACGUACAAUAUGAGCACAAAGAGCUAGCCACCUUGGCUUUGGAACUUUGGCACGUCGUCGUGCAUGCUGCAAGUUUGGAGCGCGCUUGGAGUCAGUUAGGAUUCGUGCAUGAUGACAAUCGAUCUAACUUAAAACUGGAUUUAGCUACGGGAAUGGUGGCAAUGCGAAUGAAAUUUCAGAAAGAGGAUAUUAUGGCAAAACGGGAAGCGCAGCGAGUCGCAGCUCUAAAAGAAUCGCUGAAGGUCGACCUUCAAACAAACAAGAAAAGCUCGAGUACAGUAGUCGAGAUGGAUGAAGAUGGAGAAAUUCAGAUAAUCUCCAGCAACAGUAAUGACUGCAGUACAGUUUCAGAUUCGCAAAUUCAAGAUGGUGCAAGCGCUACGAGUCAGUUCAACUCGGUGUUAGAAGCUCUCCUAGAAUUUGAGGAAUUUGAUUAUAUUGUGAGAGAACCUGAUCCUGAAAUUGGUAAUCGCAGUGACGUAGCAGAUGUUGAGAGUGUGCACAGCGGCAACUCUAGUGCAGGUCUUGAGAAAUCAGCGGAAAUGUUCGAUUGUCAUCAAGAAGACGGGAAACGUUAUAAGGUGAUAUCUACGACCGAUACUGAGAGUUUUACGACCUUGAUAUCUACUCCCAGCGAAACGUGUGAUGAUGAGGAUGAAUGUUUGUCGGGUUCAACUGGUCCUUUACCUAACACAGCGGAGAGAUUAGCUAAUUUGGCGGAUGUGAAUGUUGAAGUUGAGUCAGAUCGCAAUUCGGAGUUUGAAGAGCAACCCAUGGUGUAUCACGAGAAAACUCCUCCGAAACGUGAUGACAAAGAUGCUUUGUGUAGUAAUGGUCAUCAAUAUCAGAAUCAGUAUGGUAAUCGCGGAAAUUUUCGUGGUCGUGGCAAUAAUCGGCGUAUGAAUUAUUAUCGUCCUUAUUCUCGUGGUGGUUAUCGUGGAAGAGCGUAUAAUGGAUAUCAGAAUAAUAUUCAGCAGUGGCAGCGUAAUCCUCAGUAUCCUUUGGAAAAUAAUGGCGGAAACGGUGUUAACGGUGUUCAGUUGGUUGUUCCGGAGAAUGUACCUAUUGUUGGAGCAGUUUUGCCUGUUGUGAAUAACCCUGGUUGGCAAGCUCAGAACGCGGAAGUUGUCCAGCAGAACAUGGCGGCUUUGAAUCAGCCUGUGGCGAAUGAGGAAAUGGAUAUUAACGAAGAGAACAUUGUUCCUCAGCAGCAAGGUCAGAAUGCCGUUGUCGGUGUCGCUAAUGCUAAUGGUGUUGUUGGUGUGAAUGAUCAGAAUCCUGUGGCGGUUGGCAAUGUGGUGAAUCCGGAAGUUGUGGCUCAAGUUGCUAAUAACGUCCAGAAUGCGAUUAAUGGCGGGAAUGUUGUGGCUGAACCUUCUCAGAAUCCUGUAGUGAAUGAACCUUCAGUUGUGGUUCCUGGUAUUGCGUAUGUUCCUAUGAAUGUCGUGCAGUAUGAUUCG